AUGGGAGUGGCAUUACCGCGCUCGCAACGGGCAAGUACAGCAUGCCAGAACUACCAUCACGAGGGUUACAACAACGGUAACGAAACGCAUACCGUCCGUUCGGGCAACUACACCAGGAAUUAUACCGUCAGUGUGCCGACGGGUUACAACGACAGUCCCCGCAGGAAGUGGCCCGUGAUCAUCGACUUCCACGGCAACAACGGAACACCGGAUCAACAGUACAACAAUUCACGCUUUUUCGAUUAUACCGCAGGUCAGCAAUACCUCGUGGUCUAUCCUCAAGGAGUAGAAGCACAUUGGCAAGGACCGACGUAUGCAGUCAAGGGCGUGGACGAUUUGCAAUUCGUCACGGAUCUGACUUCGAAGAUCAAAGCCGAGUACUGUGUCGAUCAUGACCGCGUGUAUGCUUCGGGCAAGUCCAAUGGAGGGGGAUUCGUAGACUUGUUGGCCUGCUCACACCACGGCGACGAGUUUGCCGCGUUUGCGGUGGCUGCGGGGGCCCUCUAUUCUAGUACGAAUUCCACCAGCUGCUCGAAGAAGCGAGCGAUGCUGGAAUCUCACGGUGUCGCGGACAAGGUUAUUCCGUACGCUGGAGGAGUGGGAAGUGGUGGGCCGUUACCAGAUGUCUCUCAAUGGGUGAGCUGGUGGGGACAGCGAACGUGUGGAUCGAACGCGACGGCGAGUGAUUCUCGCAAUAUGGGAGGUUACAACACCACCAGCUACUCCUGCGGCAACUACACGGAAGCGAUCAAGCACUACCGAGUGUUCGAACUUGGUCAUUGCUGGCCGAGCGGCACUUCCAACAACUAUGAUGCAUCAGAUGUCUUCAACCAAACCGAUCGGAAGUGUCUCGACAAAGCUUUGGACUUUACCCCCGUCGUCCUAGACUUUUUCAGCAAGUGGACCCUGCCGAAUGCUCCACACAAUUGA